AUGGCGGCCGCCGAUUUACCAGGAAAAUUGAGCGAAUUAAACGGGCUGAUAUCGGCACAGAGCAGCCCACAUUCCGCGGAGAAGGCUCAAGAUCUCGUGGUUGACCUGGGCCAUCUGUGUCUUCGUCAGUUAUCUGAGAAUGAAUUGGCUUAUAGCUGCUCCGAGCUAUUCAACAAGGACAAUGGCAUCCUGGUGUUUCUCAACAAAGCUAUCCCCAGAGAUGAGUUCAAGGGAAGCAAAGAGCAACUUUUGGAGUUUCUUCACGCUUUCUUGCUCAAGGCUGGUUCUCGCCUGUUGGCUCGCACCGUGGAGAUCAAAAAGAUCUGUAUCUCUGCUUUCAUGAGAGACAAAUCGGCCAAAGUUAAAACCAAGACGUUCCCUGUUUUGAUAGAGUUGCUGCAGCGUUUUGCAUCUGCUCAGAUGGAGGCUGAUCUUGAUAUUCCAAGGAUGAUUGAGCAGUACUUUGAGCAGCUCAUGCAGCCAUCCAAGCUAACACAGACAGUCAAGCAAGGUAUUUAUGGUUUGUUGGGUGUUCUUGCGGAAGUCUACCCUGUUCUGAUGUCUGGCUAUUCUGAAAGGCUGCUUAAUGUCUACAUUGCAACUCUCAACCAGCAGAUGACGUCUAAGACCAGAAAGCCAGAACUGACAGUCAUAGCCGGUUGUCUUACUGGCUUGGGACAUUACUUGGUCAACUUCACACAGUCAGUAGAAGAAGGGGCUAAGCAUUCCAAAGAUAUCUACCGAUUUGCCCGCAUGGCCAUCGAUCCCAAUGUAGACCACACACGCUAUGAACUCAACAAAGCAGGCCUGAACAUCUUUGCCAAGCAUUCAGCACAGUUCAGCCAGUAUUUGUACAACGAUCAUCGGGAUUUGCACGAGGCCUUCAACAAGUGGAGUUCCCACAGCAACCCACAGGUCAAGUCUGUUGGGUUUGCGGCUCAGGAAGCAUUCCUCCAACAGAUUGCUGAGAUGCUCGUCGAAAGAGCUGCCAAACGGGAGCCAUCAGAUCAGACUGUGUUCAGGUUUUUCGUGACGCGAUUCCGUGGUAUCAUUGACAAUCCUCAGAGUGACGCAAGGGCUUUAUCGUCGGCUAUUAGAGGGUAUGGUUACUUUGCUGCGCCCUGCAAGUUGUUCAUGACAGAUGACGAUGUCAAGUUCAUGUUCACAGAAAUGAUACAAAGGAGUGAGCAGCUGUACCUUCAGCAGGGAGAAGUUUCUGAUGAUAAACUGAACCAACUUCCUAACUUCCUUGAGGCACUGGCCAGCAUCAUCAGACAGCUGGACAUGCUAUCAGAUACAUUCCUAGCAGCUUUAGAGCGUCUCAUCGUUGUCCAAGUUAGUAGCUAUCCUAGGGUUCCUCAGAAGUAUCAAUUCCUCUGUCAUCGUGCCGUCUUGCUGGUGUUGAUUGCCUUGGCUCCCAAGGGAGCCACACUCAAGAAUUUCCUCUCAAGAGUGGUUUACCAAGCUCUGGUGCAGACCUGUUCUCAUCCUGUGAUGCUUGAUGGAAGCCCCCCGCAAGGUAGUCUGGACUCCACAAAUGAUAAUCAGGAUAUCGAAGCUGAUAUGUUGGCCGAUGCCAGACACAUUUCAUACAAUGAUUACGUCAAGCUGUGGGCUAGUCUACUGGACAGUCCAUACAUGAAGGAAAUCCAAGCCAUGGGAAUGAACUAUGCAGACAGACGCAAGAUCCACAUCAUCCUGUAUGAUGAAUUAAUCUCCUCCAUCUUAAAGAUUCUGGGCAAAUUAGACUUGUCGUCUGUUAAGGAGACAACCCAAGCUCAAGAUCAGGCUGCUGUCGAUACAGAUUCGACUGAGGAUGCCUCCUCAGACCCUGUGCAUGGCUUACACGCCACAAAACCAAAGGAUUUCCAGAUUUUCAUCAACCUGGUCGACUUCUGUAGAGACCUUCUCCCAGCCAAUCAGCCGACACUAUUCAAGCAGUGGGUCUAUCGUUUUGGCCAUGAGGUCAUUCUCUUGUCCAGUCGACUGCCGCUGGUCAGUGGCUUCUACAAGCUGCUGACCGUAUGCAUGUCCAUCUGUUCCAAGAUUCAAUAUUUCAAGGCCAUCAAGUCAUCAGAUGCUAGCAGCCAGGAAGAUUCCAUGGAGGUAGACCUCCCUUCCUCCUCCCAUCGCUCGUCUCGUGUCUCAGCCUCUGACUGCUCAGCCUGCUUCACACUCUUUGCUAAGUUCUCUAAGGAGGUCUUAGUCCGUCUCAAGCAGUACAAGGAUGAUUUGCUUGCAUCGUGUUUGCUCCUAGUUCUCUCCCUACCCCAUGAGAUAGUGAAAGAUGAAGUGGCUCAACUUGUACCAGCUUUACAGAUGACAUUUCGUAUCGGCCUGAGCUACCUUCCUUUAGCCGAGACUGGUUUGGAAGCCUUAGAGGGAUGGAUGCGUCAUCUUCCAUCUGGCUCCCUCCGACCACACCUGAAGGAGAUAUUACCUCUACUGGAUGGUUACCUGAGAGGUACAGUUACCCAAGGCGCUGAUGUAGCUGAGGUUGUCAAGACAGUAACUAUGGCGACUGCGUCUAGUUCUGCACGGCCUGGUAAAAGAAAGCUUCCCUUUAAAUUAGUUCGGGAUGCAGGCAGCACAGGGCAAACCCAAGAUUCACCAUUACGGAGUGUUCAGCUUCGCAUCAUGCAGCUACUGGGAUCCCUUGGCGGUCAGACAAAUGCAUGCCUACUGGAGACAAGUACCGAAGAGGUUGCUAAAGUGGCAGUCGCUUGGGAUACCAAGCCCAGAUUACAGUUUGCUGUACCAUUCUACGACAUGAAACCAAACAUUGAGCUAGAUCAAUUUCUGCCAAGGGUUGUCGAGCUCGCUUUGACAUCAGGGGAUCGACAGACAAAAGUUGCAGCAUGUGAGUCAUUGCACACCCUGGUUCUUUACAUGCUUGGUAAAGGAACUCAACAGCCAGAACAGAGACAAGCUAAGAGCCCCAUGCAGCAUCUGUAUCGGCGCGUAUUCCCCGCCCUGCUUCGCCUCGCUUGCGACGUCGAGCUGGUUGCCAGGCAACUCUUUGAGCCCCUGGUGAUGCAGUUGAUUCACUGGUUUACGGGAAACAAGAAGUACGAGAGCGAGGAGACGUCGGCGUUACUGAACGCCAUGUUGGAUGGAGUCAUCCAUCCUACUGAUACCUCCCUGAGAGAUUUCUCAGCUCGUUGUCUGAAAGAAUUCCUCAGGUGGUCCAUCAAGCAAACUUCCAAGAAACAACAAGAGAAGAGCCCCAUAAACACCAAAUCUCUUCUGAAGCGCCUGUACAGCAUGGCAUUACAUCCCAGCAGCUUCAAGAGACUAGGUGCUGCACUGACCUUCAAUCAUAUCUACACGGUAUUCCGUGAGGAGGAUUCUCUGAUUGAUCAGUUUAUCUGUGAGAUCUUGGUUAUCUUUGUCAACAGUCUGGCAUUAGCUCAUCAUGACGACAAGUCACUUGGGACUCAACUGCAAGGAGUCGCAGUCCUGAAUCAUCUGGAGAGAAUCAUUCGAGUCAAGGCAGAUAUGCUGAACAAGGACAGUAAGAUACGAAGAAGCCCAAGGGAGUUCCCUGUGGAUGUAUGUCCUAACCUGAGCAUGCUAGUCAUCUGGUUGCUUCGUCAGUGUGGUCGUGCCCAGACAGAGUGCAGACAUCAAUGCAUGAUGCUCAUCUAUAAGAUGACCUCACUCUUACCAGGUCGCAAUACACCACAAACUUGGAUGCAAAACACACUGAAGGAAAAAGGACCUGACUACUUUGUGUCUAGAUUUGAAGGUGGUGGGGUGAAGGCAACUCAUCGUAGCGGUAUCAGCAAGUAUCCCACUCUGUCAGCUAUGGGUCAAGCAUUCACCGUCAAGCUGGCUUGUACGUGGUUUGAACAUCUCUUGGCGGCUCUAGAUUGUUAUACUUGGAUCUUUGGAGAGAAGCUUCUGUCUCCGUCUGCUGUAUUCACAGCUUCGGCAAGACGACCCUCGGUCCUCUUCCAAGCUCUCCACUACUUCUUAUCCAGCUUGAGUCUCCUAGACAUCACUGGAGCUGCUCGCAGUCUUGGGAAGGGCCGGGCCAAGACGUCAACCUCCCACCAUGUCUUUACUCCUAGAGAGUCUGAGGACUACAGCCAAGGAAAGUGCACAGUGAUUGUGAGACUGUGGGACUUCCUGACGGUGGUACUAGGGAACUAUGCUGGUGAAGCUAUUAAGGUCAUGCCCAAGUCUGUUUGGCAAGACAGCUUAUUUGAUCUGCUCGUUGCCUGCGUUCUUCAACCCACACUGGUUGGUUUCAACAUGGCUGAUGUAGAGAUCAUGAACAACUUGCCCAAAACGACUGGACAGCUGUUGAGUCUCAUGUCGACUCGUCUACCGGCCAACCUGAAGAAUGACCUGAGUAAAGCUGUCACUAAAAGCGUCACCAAAACCAGUCGUCACGACUUGGCUAAACUUCUGCCAUCCAUGUUCAGUGGCGAAGAUGAUGUGGCCCCUGACCAUGGACAACUGAGCCACCUGGUCAAAGGUUAUGAGCAGUUGCAUCAGGCGAACCUUCUAUCUGCAGCAACAGCAGCCCAAGGACGUGGCUGUUCGUUCCCUGUGCAACUUUUCACCUGUGUGUUUGAUUCCCUCACUGCGUCAGACGAGGGCGGUAGACUGGUCCCAGCCAACCUUACGCCGGUAUCUGUAGAGCUUGCAGGACGUCUGCUUGAGUUAGCAUUCCAGCUAGGCAUUGAGCCUAAAAUGUUGGUAUCCUGCAUCCUCGACAAGACAUCACUGUCCAGCGGAAACGGUUCCAUCUUCAAAGGCGUCGUCUUCUACUCCACCUUCAAGACUCUACUGAAUGGCGCGAUGGCACUGCAGGCACAGAAGACCAUUCCACUGCUGGUGAGGGAAGGUGGUAAAGACUUGACGCUCAUGAGUAGUGUCCUCAAUGGGCUCCUGGAUUACUUGACGACCAGUCGGGAAAUAAGGAAAAAACAUGGGAUGUCAGUGCACAGUGCUAUUCUGACUCAGUGGGGCGCCCUCACAGUUGGUUUGAAGAAAGGUUGUUCACCUGACCUACAGAGCUUUGCCCUGCUGUUGCUACGGAAACUGCUUCAGAUAGACGCUAAGUUUGUCAGUGAUACCACCCAUCCAGCCUUCAAGUCAGUUCUGGAGGCCUACGCAUUCAUGUUGACUGACACCUCAACGUCCUUGACCUUCAAGGCUCAGGUCAUGGAGAUUCUGUUUUUCUUCACGGCUAUGCCAGACGCUGAGCUCGCUAAACUGAGGUCAGCCCUGGAUAGACUCGUUGCUGACAACUUUCCCCUCAACUCGUCCGAGUUUCGAGUCGGAAGUCCCAAAUACAACGACUAUGUUGGUGCCCUCAACAAGAUUCUGACUGCCAUGGUGUUGUCAGGUAACUUGAUGCUCCUAGAGCUCAUCAUCAGUGUCAUGUGUAGAGAUGAGAGACAUGCUUGUGAGGAUGAAAUACAGGAAUCCUUGGCAGCGUUCAUCAAACGUCUCCCGGAAGAUAAGCAGACAGCCGCCUUUGAUGUGGCUUACAGAGUUUUUCGUCAGGAGAAUAGUUUCAGUAAAGAGAUCCGCCGUGCAGCUAUUGAACGGGUCUGUAUACCGCUGAUGAGACUAGCUGGAGUCAAGUCACUUGUGAGUUUCUUCAAGGAACACAUCAAGGAGGUGGCUGGAAUUAUCGACGCCAAAACAGUCAAGGUCCCGGAGCCAGCAUUCCAGAGUCAGCUAGUCUCCAAGAUGUGUUGUUUUCAGCUGGUAGACUUGAUGUACUCACGUCUAACGAAAGAAGAUCUCUUCUCGAUGGAGUCUGUCAUCAACAAGGCAUACACCAACAACGAUGUGAAAACAGGCAAAGAGAUGACGCAGGCAUUCACAAAAGCAAGUCAUGCAGCAAAGAGUGAGGAUAUUCGCGGCGAGACCAACGCGUUGGAAUUACGACGUCAGUGUCAUUGCGCGGCUUACAACACCCUGAUUGCCGUCAUCAGUUGCACGCAGACUGACAUCAAGUUCUACAACGCUUUCCUCUUCUCUGAAAACACAGCCAAGGGCCAGUUCCUAUUGGACAAUAUCACAGAUGUCACUAAGGAUUACACAUUUGAGAUAGAGAUGAAUGCACCAAUGGAGCGUAAGAAACGAUUUGUGUCGAUCCGCAACCAAGUACGGGAUACAGCGGGGACCAGCAGUCAGCAGAGCGACUCGGGUAUUGGCACAUCAGGUUACACAGGUGCAGGUCGUUAUCUGUCCUCUCAAUACCUGGCCAAUAGCAGUCUGAGUGAAGACAUCCAGCAGUUUGAUUUCUCGGGAGGUGUGCAGCAGUUCAGUGCAUCUGUGGACAGGGAGCAGAGUCUAAGCCAGAAAAGCUCCCUACCUCGCAUCAGGAAACGAUAUAGUGAUGAGGAAACGCCCACAGUCGUAGUGCAAGGUGAAUACAUUGAGAUGGAAUCCGAUGCGUUGAAUCAGCAUGAAUGUAUGGCCUCAUUGACAGCAGUACUCAAACACAUGCAAACAAAUAAGAUCACACCGGAGAUCCCAGAGGGAACUAAGGCCAGCGAAAUGCCGGGCUGGAUGGCAAAUCUACAGAAGAAACUGACCAGCCAAUCCACUCAUGUCAACAUUAAGCUGUUUAUUGCCAGACUGAUCAUCAACAACAACGAGGUGUUUCAGCCCUAUGCCAAGUUCUGGUUGAGUGGAUUAAUUCAGCUGCUGAUCACAGGAAACUCAGGAGGGGAAGGAAUACAUUACAUGGUGGUGGAUAUUGUAGUGGUUCUACUCGGCUGGGCAACUGUGGCCAUACCAGAGGACAAACGCUUGGCUAACAAGUUGCUGGAGUUUCUCAUGCACUUCAGUCACCAUAGCAACCGACAAGUCUUACGGAACAAUCUGGAGAUGAUCAAGACUCUUGUUGAAUGUUGGAGAGAAAUCAUCGCUGUACCUACAAGCGUCAUCUACCGCUCUCUCGCCAAUCGUGGCCCUGAUAUGAAGGACAGUUCUACCGGCAUCCAGCUGCUUGGUUUGGUCCUGGCUAAUGGUCUUCAUCCUAUCAACAAGGAUUCUGACGUUGAUGAAGACAGGUUUUAUGCUGCUCUGUCCUCCAAUCUCAAGAAUCGUUACAAGAUGGUGCAUGCAGCUGCUGCUGAGGUGAUUGGCAUGGCCAUGAAGCAGAAAGCUGAAGUUGAUAAGGUGACAGAUGGGUUCUUGCAUUCCACCGUUUCCUCGGAGUUGUCCCAAAUCAGUGCCGCCAAGCCAGAUGUGUUUGUGACCUGCAUGCACAGGUUACAUUUGCACUAUCCAGAGUUUGCCGACAGUUUUAUCAACAAGCUGUUGUUCAUGUUGCCUUCAUUGUAUGGCCAGCCCAAGACUCUCUGUAUGGAAGUCAUUGUGAGCCGAGUCAACACAAUUCCCAACGUCUUCCUGGAAAUGAAGAGUAAAGGCAUCGUAGAGUUACUCACUCACAGGGAUGAAGGUACCCAGCUAGUUUCUCUGAAGCUUGUUAAUGCCAUGCUACCCAAUCUGAAACCAUCUGAAAUCCUGUACCUCCUCCCACCUGUGAGGGCGGUAUUCAACCUUCCAAGCCCGGCUUGCAGAGAGGUCAUGUACGACAUACUCAUGUGGAUCUACGACAACUUCAGAUCCAGAGAUGAGGAAUCCCGUGCAGAGGAUGGUGCUGAUGACAUACUGAGCAUGGCCAAGGAUACAUUACUACAGGGACUCUCUGACGAAGAAGCCACUCAUAGGUUAAGGGUCAGCAAUUUUUGGAGUCAUGAAACCCGACUCCCCACCUCUACCCUUGAGCGGCUGGUUGCCAUGCUGGAAUGCAUGUAUUCGGCUGGGACGGAGCACCAGUAUCUGAGCUAUGCAACCAGCUUGUUACUAGAGAUGACCUCCAAGAGUCCUGACUACAAGAGAGAAAUCUUUGAACAUCCGCUGUCAGAAUGCAAAUUUCAGGAAAUGCCAAUAGAUCAUUCGUGGAAGCAGCGUCAUCUGGCAAUCUCCACACCAAUGUUUGUUGAGACGCAGUCAAGUCAAGGUGGAUCUCCGUCACAGAGUCCGUCUGAUGCGAGUCUGAGUCGAGGAGAAAUACGGGCGACACAGGAAGGUCAUCAAUUCAUUGCAACACAAGACCUUGAUGUUGUCGCUAGUCGCAAGAAUGCCUACAACUGGCUGACCGGUAGUCAAGACACCUUUGCUGAUUACUCGUCCAGCUCUGCAUCUGAUCAGUCAUCUCUGCUGUUUACUCUUGGCGUGAGUAAGAAGACGGGGCGAGGCAGACGGGCAGCAAAUAAGAAAGCCACGGAUGCAGGAUUCGGGAAGGAGAAAUUACAAGGCAAUCAACAGAGAGGAACAGAUGCAACGGACUCCAAACAAGGUGGGGAAGAGAAGGAGAUCAGUCGAUUGAAGCGUCGAUUUCUUAAGGACCAUUCUACAAAUCAAGCUUACUUUGCAAGACGAGCGAUGGAGAGAAAACAAAUGAAGGAGAAAAUUCUUGAUGAGCAACGAGAGCGCAGGUUCAGCACGGUCACCAUGUACAGGCGCUACCGAGCGGGAGAUCUGCCUGAUAUACAGAUUAAGUAUUCCGAUUUGAUCGCACCACUGCAAGCUCUCGCACAGCGAGACGCGACGCUAGCAAGGCUCCUGUUCAGCUCUUUAUUCAGAGGAAUAUUCUCAGAGAUUGAAGAAGUCAAGACAGAGAGGGAGGCAGAAGCAACUAAAGCCGACAUCAACCGUCAUCUCAACACAAUGCUGUCCACGUCUACUCAAUACUUCCCUCCAUUCAUCAGUUGUAUACAGGAGAUUGGUUACUACCAUAGCAACCUCUUGACCCUUGACCCUUCAUCAGUAAGCACAGCGAGUUUGAUGAGCCAGCAGAUGCAUAUAGGAAUUCGGCUUCUUGAGGAGAACCUAAUUCAGAAGACUUGGCAAGAAGAGAAAAGUUCUAAGAGAGCAAAACACGUCUCCAAGAAGCAAUCACCGGAGAUAAGCACCUGGAUUGAACUAGCCAGAUUGUACAAAGCCCUGGAUGACUUUGAUGCGGUUCAGGGUGUGUUUAGUUCCCGUAUCGGUACCCAUGAAAUCACCAAGACUGCGUUAGAAGCCGAGGCUAGGGGCGACUACUCCGCUGCCCUCAAACUUUACAAUCAGGCCUUUGAUAUGGACUGGGAUGAAGGCUCUGUGUCUCAAGUCGAAGAGGAUUUGUGGGAUGAGUCCAGACUCAAUUGCUGUAACCAGCUGACCCAGUGGACAGAUCUUCAGCAUUAUUCCACGGUCAACGUUGAUGACAACACGCCUCCAAAUCUCAGCAAGAUGUGGUCCGAUACAUUCUACCAGGAGCAAUAUCUACCCCACAUGAUGCGUAGUAUGUUGAAGCAGUUGAUGGAUGGAGGUGAAGAUGAAACAUUACUUCAGUUCAUCGAUGAGUCUAUGUCUGAUCCUGACAAACGAGUCUUCCUUGAGGCUCGUUUCAGUGAGGAACUGUCGUGUCUCUACACAAUCCAAGAAGAUUAUGACAGAGCGAUGUUCUACUUGGCAAACUGCAGACAGUCAUUUCUACAGGAUUGGUCUGGACUUGGUCCGUUGAUGACAUCAAGCCGCACAGCUAAACUGCAGUGUAUCCAACGACUCACCGAAACACAAGACUUUCUCAAACUUGCCGCCAAACAAGACUUGCAAGGAGCGAGUGGUUGUCAGAAGUCGCUAGCACUCCUUGAUCGUUGGACAAGUUGCCGUCUGGAUGCCAAGAAAGAUCCAGUCAGCAUUUGGGAUGAUGUUGUCUCCAACAGGUUCCUCUUCAUGGACAAGCUUGCUGGUCGAUUCAUUCGCUCAGACUCUCAGCAAUCUGGAGGGGAAGAAGAAGCGACAUUUGAGAAGAGAAUUGCUGAAGAGAGACUGUGGCUAGGGCUCAAGAUGGCCGACAGUGCUUGCCAGCAGGGAAACUUCAGCGUUGCUCAGAAGCACCUAAAGGCAACCCAUGGUAGUCUGUCAUCACAUGAGGACCUGAGGCCCCAAUGGACACACUCCUAUGUACAAAUGAAUCAACUCAAGAUACUUACACUGGAGCCAAAGGACCAGGUCAUGACCCUACUCACGACCUUUGACCCACUUGCCAAGUUAUCCAGUACUCCAGCCUUGACAGGAGACUACAGCCUUGCUAGACAUCAUCAUACGCUGACCAGCAAGUCCUAUGACCUUGUUGCCAUAGCAAUUCAGAAGGGAGGAGGGGAUGUUCUCAGCGCAGUAAGAAAUGCAGGCAAGCUGGAUAAGCUGCUUGCUCUUGUCAGUAAAAAUGCAACACGGCCUGAACAGAUUUGCAGCAGUCUAUACCUCAAGGUACACAGUGAACUGAAGCAUGCAGUCUCUCUUGCCGACAAGGAUGAGACAAUCACACCGCACUCUGAGAAAAGCGUGACUGAAGCCUACAUGGCACUGGUCAGUUUCUGUGAUAAGAUGCUACGUCUGAAGGACUCAGAGGAAGUACCUGCCGCCUACCUCCCAGCCACAGACACUUACUCCCAAACCGUGGUGCGCUACACACUGAAAGCUAUGCAUUACAGCUCACAGGAGGCUAUGCAACGCUUCCCUAGAUUACUACAACUGGUUGAAGCAUGCCCUGAUGCCAUGCAACUCAUGAUUCAGGAGGUGUCGGAUGUACCAUGCUGGAUGUUCAUUGGCUGGAUCAGUCAAAUGGUUGCACUUCUUGACAAGCCUGAGGGGCCUGCUGUGCAUGGAAUCCUGACUGACAUUGCCAAUGAGUACCCCCAGGCCUUGUGCUAUCCCUUCAAGAUCAGCAGUGAGAGUUUCAACUUUGAAGAGUCGGCCAUUGGGAGGAAAAAUGCUGCGGCCGCCAAGAAGAUUGGUGGCAUCCUGGAGACAGUGCCCCUCGUGGAAAACUUCAUCGCUGCUCUCGAACAACUCAACAAUCCAGAAUUUGUAUUCAAGGACUGGGCGGACGAUGUGAUGAAACCACUGCUGAAUGUUGCCAAGAGGGACAAGACGAAGAUCCGGAGAGCUUGCCAGGAGAUUUACAACAAUCUGAUAGAUCACCGGGGCUCUCGGGCGACUGGAGACGGAGGUAGUGGGUCAUCACAAGACAGUUCAAGCUCACUGAGUAUUGGGUUCGGGAACUUCAGACGACGCUUCGCGCAGGAUUGGCAGAAAAAGUUCGAAGCUACGUUUGGCAAAGAUGGAUCCAAGGUCAUGGACAUGCCCUGGAAGACAUUUUGGGGGCAUUACAACAAACUUUACAGUGAGAUGAAUGCAAAGCGAAGGGAUCCACCAGGCAACUUGAAAGAAUACUCGACAUGGUUCAGUGACUUCCAACAACUCAGCUAUGAUAGAGAGUUAGAAAUACCAGGUCAGUACGGUGGUAAAACCAAGCCCCUGCCGGAGUAUCACGUCAAAAUAGCUGGAUUUGAUGAGCAGGUCAAAGUCUUGUCGUCCAUGCGCAAGCCUAAGCGCCUGGUGAUUCGUGGCAACGAUGAGCACGACUACUCAUUCCUCGUCAAAGGAGGGGAGGAUCUCCGGCUAGAUCAGAGGGUGGAGCAACUCUUCCGAAUCAUGAAUGGUAUCUUAGAGCAAGACGCUACCUGCAGCCAACGAGGCCUGCGAUUGGUCACUUAUGAGGUCAUUCCAAUGACACCAAGGCUUGGUAUGAUUGAAUGGGCCCAAAACACCACAACUUUGAAGGAUUUCCUGCAUGUGGCUAUGACAGAUCAGGAAGUCAAUGCUUAUAACACACGCCAUGGGCCACGAUACCACCAUACUGAAUGGGUGGAUAAGUAUGCUAAAGGAAACCAGGCAAAUCAUGGAGUACGCUAUGGUGCCGUAUACCGACAUGCCAGCUACACGGAUACAGUGAAGUCAUUCCGUACGUGGGAAGCACUCGUACCUUGGGAUCUAAUGAGACGUGCCUUCAUACAGAUGAGUGCCUCACCUGAAGCUUUUCUAACACUGAGGGCGCACUUUGCACGUAGCCACGCUGUUAUCUGCAUCUGUCAAUAUAUCUUGGGUAUCGGUGAUCGACAUCUGUCCAACUUCCUUCUCAGCUUGAAGACCGGUGGGAUGAUUGGUAUUGACUUUGGCCAUGCUUUUGGCUCGGCAACCCAGUUUCUGCCUGUUCCUGAGCUGAUGCCGUUCCGAUUGACGCGUCAAAUCAUCAAUCUGAUGCUUCCCUUUAAGAAGGAAGGCAUCCUUCAGAGUAGCAUGGUACAUACCCUGAGAGCACUGCGACAGAACCAUGAACUUCUUAUCAACACGAUGGAUGUCUUCAUCAAGGAACCCUCACUGGAUUGGAAGACCAAUGCCAGCAAGCAAGCUAAAGCUCAAAAGGAUGCAGGUCGGUCGAUGGAAGGACAGAGUGAUCCAGAAGGAAGCAGCCUAGAUGAAGCUUGGUAUCCUAGGGAGAAAGUCAGCUAUGCACAGAAGAAAUUGGAAGGAGCUAAUCCCGCCGAUAUCACAAAACGUGAGCUAACCCUGGGACACAGCAGGAACCCUGCACUCUCUUCUAUCAAGGAAGUGCUGAAAGGCGAUCGCCAGCACAACAUCCGCGCCUCAUCUGCAGUGUCUGGGUUGAACGUGGAGACGCAGGUGGAAUGCCUGAUUGACCAAGCGACAGACCCUAAUAUACUGGGCCGUGUGUAUGCUGGCUGGGAAGCGUGGAUGUAGUCAGGGAGCGUAGAGUCCCCUGCUAAGCCACCCCCGCGGGCUUGGGCAGCACAACAUCCGCGCCUCAUCUGCAGUGUCUGGGUUGAACAUGGAGACGCAGGUGGAAUGCCUGAUUGACCAAGCCACAGACCCUAAUAUACUGGGCCGUGUGUAUGCUGGCUGGGAAGCAUGGAUGUAGUCAGGGAGCGUAGAGUCCCCGGUCAAGCCUUUUGAGAAUCGUGGAUCUUCUACUGCACUGACAGAUGUGCCACAUCUGAAAGUUUUUAAACUGAAAUGAAAUUUUGCAAAACAUUUCUUAUCUUAAAUUAAUGAUAUGGAUGACAUAAGUGAACGUAUUUUUUUUUUUAAAUAGCUUGUAACUUUUCUACUUUGACAUUUCAUUCUGGAUAACCAGUGCGAAAACCUUAAGGGCAAUUCCAUGUUAAAUCAUGUAACUUUUAGAAAGUGUCUUUUGUCAACUGUACUAUUGUUCAGUAAAGUCAAAGUAUUUACAUGUAGGGUGGAUUUUUCUCACAGAAGAUACCUUGAAACUAAGUGACUCAAAUGAAAGGUCUUGUCCCCUUAAAUUAGAUACCACAUUUGAGUUUGUGAUUUUUGCAGUUUUGAACAUGUCAUAAACUUUCAAUUUGUGUGCCAUUUCCACUUUCUUAUGGAUUUGUCUCAACCAGUUAACGUAAUUGUUUGUUUUGUUCUCAUUUCUCAUUUCAUUUUCUGAAUUCAAUGAUCGUUAUGCCACACAUUGUUCCACUGUGAUUUGAAAGAUGAUUUGUGAAUCAUAUUUGCUUUCAGAAGAGAGUUGUUGGUUUGGUAGAUUAGUAAGAUCAAAUAUUUGAAACAUUUUCUAGAUUUGUCCUUUGAUUCAUAAAUAAAAUGGAAAUGUGAAGCUACAUUUUGCCACAAGAU